AGCUCCACCAGGGCCCGCUAUCCACAGGAACCUUUCACAACAGCCAUUACUCGCAGGGCAACAAAGAAUCAAAUGAGAGCAAGACAAGCGGAGACCAGAGUUCUGGUUGCCAGACCGGCACGGAUGAAAACCCAGUGAGAUGAGUCAGAAAAUGGCCAAGGAGGGCCCCAGGCUCUCCAAGAACCAGAAGUUCUCCGAGCACUUCAGCAUCCACUGCUGCCCACCCUUCACCUUCCUCAACUCCAAGCGUGAGAUCGUGGACCGCAAGUACAGCAUCUGCAAGAGCGGUUGCUUUUACCAGAAGAAGGAGGAGGACUGGAUCUGCUGUGCCUGCCAGAAGACUAGAUUGAGGAGGAGGAGCAGGUCAACCCCAAGGAAGAAGUGACCGAGAAGGGACUUCUUGUGAAUGGACAGCCUCUGCCUGUGGACUCACUGCUUCCCGCAACCCAUCUGCUCUCAGACGAAUUAUCUGACCUCAAGUAUGAUGCAGGAGUGGACGCCUGCUGAUGUAACAACCACAGAUGCCCUCAGUCCCCAUGGUGUGGGAGCCUUAGGGCAGCCUUCCUGGAGGUGAGAAGGGGGCUCUUCGUGUCGUACUCUAGCCACGGAGUCCUGGAAGGAUCUCUUGUGCUCCAGAGCUCAGGGAACGGGUCUUUUGGUUUCAUCUGGAGCCCCUUUCUCUCUGGCAGGUGCACGCUUCCUCAGGGUCUUUGGCAAAGGUGAUUGCAGAGCUAAUCCACACACAUUCCUCCUUCUUCCUCUCCCCUCCCUCCCUGCAUCUGGUCAGCAAACAUGACUCUUGAUACUUUUUUUUCUCUUCCUGGCUCUCUGUCCGGCCUCUCUUGCUCGCACACCAUUUGCUUCCCAUUCACCUCUUAGCCAGCAGUACUCAGAGCCAGAGUCGAGUCUGGUGAAGGGCCAUGGAAUUGUAAGAUACUAAGUUGUUGUAUGAUCCUUAAAUGCGGCGAUGUUCCGAUAAGUAGGGGAUCGCGCUAAAUUCCCAUGUGAACUGUAGGUAACUUGUGUCAGAAACAGAGGAAAUGGAGGCAUCCUCCUUCCUCCCCCUCCGCGGGCCCAGUCUCCAGCCUCACACAGGGCUUUGAGAGAAUCAGUUCCUGCCCCAGUCUGGGGAGAACCACCCUCUAAAGCCUUGCCUUUGAGCUUGUCACCUGCACAGGCGCCCGGCGCAGCUCUGACUGCUUUCAAAUGAUAUCAUUUAGGAAGGUCAUAUGGCUUCAGCCCUGUCCCCCAACCCUCCCAAUCACUUCCCUCGCAGCAUCCUGGACAAGUCCCCAUGCGCACUUGUAUAGGUCUAGAAAGAGUGCCAGGAGCGUUUCUGUCUCCAAAUCAAAACCCCUCAAAUUCCUGAGAGGCCUGAUGCUCCAGUGCUUCCCCUGGCUGGCCCUCCGCGGCUAUGUCUGUGGCAAGGAGAGGUGAAGGAAAACAGGAAGGGAACUUGGCCUUCUGGAAAGGAAGGCAAAGUGCGUGUGUGUGUGCGUGUGUGUGUUUGCGCGUGCGCGUACGCGUGCGCGUGUGAUGUGUGCGUGUGUUAGAGAGUUAUCAGUCCAAGAUCCCAUCCCUGAGUAGGAGGCCUUCCACGGGAUGAAGGGGUCUGUGCUCACUGUGGAGGUGGAGUAGCGCGGGGCUGAGUUUCCGUCUCCUCGCUCUGGUCUGCCUCCACAGUCCGUAGCCUCCAGACUCCCGGGGAAGAAUGAGCCCGAGCAUGGGCUCUUUUUGUUCUAGACCACAGGAGCCAGCCCUCCCCCAUGGCGUGGCACUUGCUUGUACCCAUCUGUACACUUGCUGUGGGGACAGAGAUUGGGCCAGAUGGAAGCGCCUCGUACUGCCUUGUACUCGUGUGGACUGCUGUGUGGGUGUUGGCCUUGGGAGUAGCUUGGGGAGAAUAUGUGCCAGCUCUCAGUUUUCUUGCCCAAGUGCAAAUGCUAGAGGCCCUUCCAAGUCCCAGGUUCAUUCUUGUCCCCCAAAGGCCUCAACUGCAGGAGGUCGUCAUGAACUGCAGGAGGUCGUCAUGAAAAGGCCACAACGGUACAUGCAACACUUCAGAGUCCCAAAGCCUUCUCAGCAGGGGGCACAUGGUGAUCGGCUUGGGCCUCUUUUCCCUAGUCAGCCCAGAUGGGCGGGGGCGGAGGGUGGAAGGAGAGGAGUUGGAUAGAUCCAUCUCUAGUCAGGCUCCAUCUGGGUCGGCCCCACAACUUCAGCUUGCUUUGAGCCCAAACUUUGGUAAGUUAUAAACACAAAGAAUAGAGAAAGAGAGAUAGAGAGAGACACACACAAACACAUACACACUACACAGAUACAUACACACACACAUAUACCACACACACGCACGCACGCACGCACGCACACGCACACGCACACACACACACACAAACCUUGUCACUCCUCACCCCUCCUAACACUUUUCUCCUUAGGAGGCCAGUGGACGGGAAGGAGGCCAUGUCUCUAUUCACAAGGAAACCAGGCUCAGGGCCUGACUCAGUGGUUAAAAAAUUCUUGCCUUGCAAGCAUGAGAGCUAGAGUUCAAAUCCCCAUGACCCACACGAAUGCUGGGUAGGCCUGACAACGUACCUCUAAAUCCAAACUGAGAAGCUGGUGACAGGAGAUCCCAGAGCAAGCAAGAGUGGCCAUAUCAGUGAGCUUUGGGACUGACUGGGAAACCCUUCCUCAGUGACUAUGGUAGAAGAUAUAGGACUGACUCCCAAUGUCAAACUCAGGGACUCCAUGCACAUGCACCCCUGUAUGCUUGUGCACAUACACUUGCACACACACACACACACACACACACACACACACACACACCACACCACACCACACCACACACCACACAUCCACAUGGAAAUGGGGAAAAAGGAAACAAGAGAGUACCAGACUCAUGGUUCUUCGAGGAUGGGUGCAUCCUAGCCAGGACUUAGAAGCCUUUCCCCACCCAGGAAGACCUCACCAUUUCUUCCUCCUGUUCCCUCUCUUGUACGUGUGAGCUGCUAAUGGGGUGCUUCAUUCACCAUGGGGCUGUGUGCAUGCUCCUCAGAGCCUGUCACGCUCUGGCCUACGGCUCCUACACAGGUGCCCUGAGCGCAGAUAUCUUCUCAGAGAUUCCUCCACGGUCACCAGACUCCAUCAUUGUCUUCCAGGAUCAUCUGCUCACUUAUUUGUUUAAUUCUCGCCCCAAUGCUUUGCCUAAUGUAAAUCCCACGGCGGCCCCACUGAUUUAUCCUGUCUCCAGUUAUCUGGCACUAACAAGAACUCAAUAAAUACUUGCUGACUGAAAGAA